AACAAAGUGUUUCAAAUCUCUUUCCCAAUUUUUUUUGUCGUUGCAUUUCGUCGUUCUUUUUUCUGUUAAUUAAUUACCAACUUCCUUUUUAAUUCCCUUCCAAUUGAACGCUCUACAGACACGCAGACACACGCACAUGCCCUAUAUUCCAUUCCACGACUGAAUAUCUUCAAUAAACAAAAAAGGAGGAAUAAUGGACGAACCAAAGAAACAUCAGCAGGAUAACAAGCCUCCUCUGUCAGACAAUGCCAAUGCUGCUCAGCCAUCGAGUAGGCCCAAGCGUAGCAGGCGCCCAAAAUCUCAGCCGGCAGCAGCGGCAGCACCCCAACAGCAACAGCAAUCGCCGUUGCCAGCUGCAGCAGCAGUUGUUCAGAAUAAGCCCACUCCAAGGACUGCACUGCAAAAGGUCAAGGGUUCGUCAGGACCCGCGGAUACACGCAGGCUGGCGUCACCAGCAACAACAGCAACGGCACCUGCGGCUGUGGCUAAGGGAAAGGGUACGCCUAUGGAUACUGCGGAUCGAUCAGCGCCGUUGCCGGCCAGCGCCUCGAAACGGAGAUCCAGACCAAAGCCAAAGCCCGCAGCAGCCACAUCCACGCCGGCUGUUGCACCUGCACCUUCAACUACAGCUACUCCCACUACGUCAACAAGACCGCCUGUCAAUGCCAGACAUAGGCAGCCUGAUGCCUCGAAGGAUCAAUCGCGCGCACAGAGGAACCCAGUGCAGCCAAAUAACAACAAGAGAGAUGCUAGACCCAAUCCACCCUCGUCUCGUGGGCCCUCUCGCGGUGCGUCUCGCGCGCCGUCGCCUCUUCAGGCUAUGCAGCCCAAGGCUAAGCAGCAGCAGCCCAAGCAGAAUCCGAGGCCACCAAGAGUGCAGCAGCAGGAUCCGAAGGCACAGAACACACCGGGUUUUAAACAGUUCCAAUCAACUUUGAACACUCGGAAGGGACAGGGCUCUCAGACAAUUCAAACCACUGAUGACGCUCAGCCCACCCAGGUUGCCCAGGGCGCAGAGAUUAAGCAUGUUCCUACUUCUGCUCUGCCUUCUGGUAGGCUUUCUACCAAGGUCUGCGUGCGCUGGCUGCCAGCUGAUCUCCCCGAACAUGUGUUUUGGAAGACUGUCGAGCCCGCGUUGCCUUGGUUUGACCCAGCAGAUGCAGGUACGACCACGCAGAGGCAGCGUGAAAUCCUGCGCGCCACUGCGCCAGCCGGCGAUAUCAGCAGCAGCGAGGAGAAAACCAUUGACAGCGACGCCAUUACGCCCUCUGAGGAUGCCACAGAGGGACCUUCUGAGGAACCCACCACCGAGUCUUCUGUGCCCCUUCCAUGUAUGGGCCUUGCGCCAACCAGUUCGAUCACCGUCGAUGUUUAUGACAGCCCUGCCCUGCAGCGUCUCGACGCGCCGCCAUACUGGCGCCGGUUUUCGCCGGGAAAGCAGCAUCGUAGCAGGGCCAAGCCGACGGACCCUUCCCACGCAGAGAUAGUCUUUGCGACGCCUGCCGAAGUUGACCAUUUUUUCCGCCACUACCAUGGCCAUGCAUUCGCCAAAAAUGGAUCGGUGUCUAGGGCCCAGGUCGAGUUGGCGGCCUUUCAGUACGCACCCUGGUCGUUCGACCAAUCCAAUGCCGCAGCGGAUCCUUUGGCAGGCACCUUGGACACUGAUCCGGACUUUCUGGCCUUUCUCAACCCCCUACCACCAAAGGCCGAGGGCGAAGAGGUCAAGCCUACCUUGGUGCAUCUGUCGUAUGCUGCGGCGGCAGCGGCAAAGUCCGCCACUGCGGCAAAUGGCUCUGGCGCGGAUGCAGAUGCGGCGACUCCCCUGAUUAAUUAUUUGCGCGAGAUCAAGCGCAAAACAUUUGGCGGUGCGUCGCGCAUGUCCAUGCCAGCGUCUGCGUCGUCGUCGUCGUCGAUCAAGUCGACAGUUUCGACAAAACCGUUGGUGAAGCUCUUGGCGAAGCCCGCUGUGCCGCCGUCUCGUUCGGGCAAGGGUGCUGCUGCUGCUGCUGCUGCGAAUUCAAAGCCAUCUGCAGAGCACGCGUCUUUGAAAAGAAAGAGUCGCCGCAAUCGUUGAGAAUUGGGAAAAGAGUCGUUUUGUGCUAGGGUGGGGGUGGUUUUUUAUUUAUGCGAGAGGCAGGUCGUAGUGGCGACUAUUGACUGUAUCUGUUGGAAACUUUUUGUAUGGAAUGAGCACCAAUUGG